AUGGGUUUCACACGCACAUGCUCUUUCUUCCAAUUCCUUCCUAUAAUACUUCCACAUCCACUAGUUGCAUUCCCAUAUAUACUUCCAACAACCUUGGCCAGUGGAUUCUCAAUCAAGGAAGCAACAGUGCAAGAACUCAAACAUGCUUUUCAAAGAAACCAACUAACAUCAAGAAAACUUGUUGAAUUCUAUCUCAAUCAAAUCAAUAUCCAAAACCCAGUUCUCAGAGGAGUAUUGGAAGUGAACCAAGAUGCACUAACACAAGCAGAUAAAGCUGACAAAGAGAGAAGGAAAAAGGUACCAGGUUCUCUAUCAAGAUUGCACGAAAUACCUAUUUAG